AUGGGGAGGCAGAAGUCUCUGCCCUGCCGAGACGGUACAGAAGGUGGUGUUCAUGCACUGCGCGGAGGAGGUUCUCUCACGAUCUUUGAGACGUAG